AUGGUUGGAGUUCGAGUGAUGUGAGUUUCAUUGGGAAAACUGAGUCGUCAAUAGUUUUGAUCAUUCACAAAUAAUACAUUAUUCGGGUCGAUAAUCUACAGUACUUGGGUUGCUAAUCUACAGUAGUUGGGUCACUAAUCUACAGUACCCGGGUCGAUCUUCUACAGUAAUCUGGUUGCUAAUCUACAGUAACUGGGUCGCUGAUCUACAGUACUUGGGUUGCUAAUCUACAGUAGUUGGUUCCCUAAUCUACAGUACUUGGGUAGCCAAUCUACAGUAGUUGGGUUGCCAAUCUACAGUAGUUGGGUCCCUAAUCUACAGUACUUGGGUUGCUAAUCUACAGUACUUGGGUCGAUCUUCUACAGUAAUCUGGUUGCCAAUCUACAGUAGUUGGGUUGCCAAUCUACAGUAGUUGGGUUGCCAAUCUACAGUAGUUGGGUCCCUAAUCUACAGUAGUUGGUUCCCUAAUCUACAUUACUUGGGUUGCCAAUCUACAGUACCUGGGUUGCUAAUCUACAGUAGUCGGGUUGCUAAUCUACAGUAGUCGGGUUGCUAAUCUACAGUAGUCGGGUUGCUAAUCUACAGUAGUCGGGUUGCUAAUCUACAGUAGUCGGGUUGCUAAUCUACAGUAGUCGGGUUGCUAAUCUACAGUAGUCGGGUUGCUAAUCUACAGUAGUCGGGUUGCUAAUCUACAGUAGUCGGGUUGCUAAUCUACAGUAGUCGGGUUACUAAUCUACAGUAUCUUGGGUAGUUGUUGUGACAUCGGCUCAGAGUGGAAAAAAAACCCUGUGGGGGCACAAAACAUUCUGCUCCUGUGGGUGCAUGAAAAACAAGUGGUGGGGGCUUGAAAAACACUUGUUCCACAGUGGGACGUUUCGUGCACCCGGCGCAAUACAUUUUCACGCGUUUUGCGCCCCCACAAUAAAAAAAGUGACCUGUUUUAUGCCCCCUAAAUUUUACGCCCCCACUGGUUGUUUCGUGCUCCCACCCUUUUUUGUGCCCACAUCAAUAAAUGGGUGGGGGCAUAGGUGGGUGCGCGAAACAACUGGGUGGGGGUGAAAAACAGGGUGGGGGCGUGAAACGCAGAUUUACCCGUUCAUUUCAACAUUUUUCAAAACUUCGAUAUUUUUCAGAAGAAAAGCACCUGGGAAUUGCACAUAUGAAGCUUGGAAUGAUAUAACUCAAAAUACUUUUCGAAACGAAUCAAUCUAUAGAGAAUGGGGUCGUUCAAAAAUAUUGCAGUUAAAUGAAGCUCUCUCACCAGUUAGUCUGAAAAUAAUAUCAGCGUUUGUUUAUAAUGAUUCAAUUUCGGUUACAACUACGUUUAUAGGAUAUAAAAGAGUUGGGUAAGUCUAGAAAAUAUUUAUGAGAAUCGGCAAUUUGAGAUUUCCGUUAAAGUAUUUCUUGGUAUCAUUAUAAUCUGUUUUAAGGCGAAAAGUAAUAUGUAGUUAUUAUGAUUGUAAUCGUGAAGAAAUACCAAACACUGAAUUCGAGUCAAUUAUUUUUCCAUUUGCGGUUGUUAAUUGUGCACGCAGAGCACAUGCUAAAUAUAUUACAUUAAUGCUUCCCGAUGAACAAAUUCAAACAUCAAUGGAGCCAGUUCCGUUGACAUUCCGUGCUUUUGCAAAACCACCUCAUGAAUUUGGAGUUUGUUUAGGACAAUUUUAUGGAGAUACUGCAAAGUGGUUGGAAAUUGUUGAAUCAGUCGAAAGUCAUCGAAUUCUGGUGAGAAUAUUUGCAAUAAUUUAAGAGACAUUAUUUAUAAAAAUGCGAAUUCCUAUAGUAUGCGUGGUACAAAAAAUUUUCAAAUUUUCUAAAAUUUUCCUGGUUGGUAGCCCCCAGCUAUAAAACAUAUUCCCGGAGUAAAAUAACAAAAAAAUGUUUUUGAUGGAUGGUGACCACCAAUGUAUGUCAAAACUUCAAUAAAUCACUCACCUUUAUUCUCCGUCAAUAGUUUUUCGAAGUUUAAACGUCAUUUUGCUCAGAAUUUGAAGGGCUUGGAUUUAGAAUUACAAAAGAAAAAAAUUCGACUCACCCUAACUUCUGAAAAUUGAACAAAAUUUUGAAAGUCAAAAAUCGAUUCUGGAGGGAAUUUGUUCCACGCUGAAUUCGGAUUUAUCGAAUUCCUCGGAACCCUUCCAGGGGCGGUGUCCUCAGGCGAAAUAGUAAGAAAAUCCAUAGAUUAUAAAAAAAAAGAAAAAAUAAAUAAAUUCAAAACAAACUGGAAAUAGCGUGCAUAAAACUAUGACAAAUUUCAUAGUAUGUUUUUCAAUAAAAUCUGGAAGCUGAUCCAAUACCAUCAAGUGUAAAUCAAAGCUUCAUCUAAUGAUUAAAACAUAGUAAUUCAUAAACAAUUUUCCUUUGAUCAAUAGUAAUUAUGAGUAAAAAACUUUACCCAAUUUUUCUAUGAAGCUUAAAUCUCACCUGUUAGUUUUUCUCUCUCACCUGUUAGUUUUUAAGCCUGAAACUUCUACAUUCGUUUUCUCAAAAUGUUCGCCUAUUCUUAAACUUACAUCAGAAAAUGACAAUUGUGGAUUUUAUGAGACCGCUGCAUUUUAUGACUGUUGUCUCUAAAAAAAUAAGAAAAUUAAAAAAUGUACCAAAUCACCCCAUUAAUAACAUUUUCUACGCUGAAAAAAAACACUCAAAAAUCAGAAAAAUGAUUCAGUUCGAAAAAAAACAAAAAAACGUUCAAUCGAUUAUUUCUUUUCAAAUAAAAAACAUCUCUCUCUCUCUAACCCUCUCUCCAUUUCCCACACUCUCUCAUCUAUCCUGCAAAAAACAAUAAAAUAAAUACGAUAAACAACGCGCACGCGGAGUAUCGUUUUUUUUUCUUUUUUUUGUACGACAUUUUUAUUUUUUGUUUUUUUUCUUUUUUUUUGAGUGGUUUUUUUCAGCGCAGAAAUUGUUAUUAGUGGGGUGAUUUGGUACAUUUUUUAAUUUUCUUAUUUUUUAGAGACAACAGUCACAGAAUGCAGCGGUCUCAUCAAAUCCACAAUUGUCAUUUUCUGAUGUAAGUUUAAGAAUAGGCGAACAUUUUGAGAAAAAGAAUGUAGAAGUUUCAGGCUUUCGUGAAACAAGAUGUUUCGUUUGGACAGGACAUUCAAAGAGAUCAACAACUUCUCACGGAACGGGCCAAUCAAGUUAGUUUAAUUUGAGGUUUGGGGGGGGGGAGGAACAAAACUAACAGGUAAAAUUUGAGCUUCAUUGAAAAAUAUUGGGUAAAGUUUUUAUUCAUAAUUACUAUUGAUGUUAAAGGAAAGCUGUUUAUACAUUACUAUGUUUAAAUCAUUAGAUGAAGCUUUGAAUUACACUUGAUGGUAUAGGAUAGCUUCUAAAUUUUAUUGAAAAACAAACUAUGAAAUAUUUCAUAGGUGGAUUAAUUUUUUAAUAGUUUUAUGCACGCGAUUUUCAGUUUGUUUUGAAUUUUUUUUUCUCUUUUGUUUUAUAAUCUAUGGCUCAUUGAACUUCACAAUUUGUAUUCCCAGGCGUAACUUUUUUAGAAGAAAUCUUUUUUUUCUCACGUCAAAAUUUUCUUCGAGCUACAGUCAUUUCUUGCGUCAGAAAUGGUCAAGUGGUUAGAUCACGUUUUUUUUGUUCACAACGUCCAGGAUCGAAUCUUUUUCUCGAAGGUAUGAUUUUCGGAAAAAAAGGGGCAAAAAUCAAAAAUGUCCAAAAUUUCGACAUCCAAAAAACGAGAACAGGGGUAACCCCAUUGAAAAAUCCAGCUUCCAUCGAGACAUCAUCCAAUCGGAAUUUUAUAAAAAAGGUAGAUUAUCACCAUUUAUUAUCUAUAGCUUGGGGGCUACCAACCAGGCAAAUGUUAGCAAAUUUGAAAAUUUUUUGUACCACAGGAUUUUUCUUCUUACAAAAAACGUCUCUUAACAAAUGAAUAUUUCAGGGCGCAACAAUGUUUUAUUUUGUAAGCAUCGAAGUGACAAUGUAUGAUAGUCAAGUUUUUACAUAUUAUGAUCGUUUAGGAUUAUCAGAAACUGUUCAUAUUCUCAUGGAUCAUAAACCUAAUUAUCAAUUUCACGAGUUUCAACAAAAUGUAUGUUGUUAGACAAAAACCUCAAAUAUCUUUCUUUUCAUUUGAGACAGUUCUUUCGUUUUUUAGGAAUGUUAUUACCGUAGUCGUCAACAUUCAAAAUGGGUUCUAAACGUAGAUUUAGGUAUAUUUAUAAUAAGAUUGUAUUAGUCAUCAAAACAACUUUUAAUUUUAGAUGAACGCUUGAUGUUCAACAAAAAGAAUUCAUUUAUCAAGUUUUUGAGGACACUUCCAGAAAACACUGGAGAAAUAACAUUUUCUGUUGCUCGAGUAGUGAAAAGGGAAAAUAAUAUGGUAACAUAUGAAAAUAAUCAAACACAACUUGAAGAAAAUUUAUUGUUUUUGAAAUAUAAUGAAACAAGUGAUCGAGGGUGGGGUGUUCCGAAAGGUUUAUUUAAUCCAAAUCUGGUUCAUUCAUUAUUUUAUCAUUUUGCAUAUUUACGGGAUCCUGGAACCAAAGUUUUCAUUAUGCUACCAAAAAUUGGAUACAUCAGGUUUGUUGUAUAUGAUAUAUAUAUAUUACUUUUAUGUAUAGUUCAGACAUUAUCGAACAAUUGUGGCAAACACAACAGCCUCAGAUUGGUUGGAAAGUUUCAAAAUGCACGACGAACCGCUGGAUAAAGAAUUUGCUGAGGAUUUGAAAAAUAGAGUACUCCUGGCAGUUGAUAAUAUUUAUAACCAGAAAGAAAUGAAAUGUGAGGACGCGGCUGAGACAAAACUGCAGAACUUGAAAAUGGAUGGGGAUUCAUGUGUUUGGGAAAACGGAACACGAAUCAAUAAAUAA